UUCCAUUUACAUUCUGUGAGCUGAAAUUCACUUGAAUCAUGGCUGAGGCUGUCAUUGAAGUUGUCCUUGAUAAUUUGAGCACACUCAUUCAGAAGGAGCUUGGCCUAUUUCUAGGUGUCGAUCGUGAAUUGAAAAGUCUUUCCAGCUUGCUAACUACAAUCAAGGCUACACUUGAAGAUGCUGAGGAGAAGCAAUUCUCAAACAGAGCUAUCAAGGAUUGGCUGCUUAAGCUCAAAGAUGCUGCUCACGUCCUCGAUGACAUCUUGGACGAAUGUGCCACCAAAGCACUAGAACCGGAGUACAAAGGAUUCAAAUAUGGACCAUCACAAAAGGUACAAAGCUCUUGCUUAUCCUCUUUAAAUCCUAAGAAUGUUGCUUUCCGUUACAAAAUUGCUAAGAAAAUUAAGAGGAUAAGGGAGAGAUUGGAUGGAAUAGCUGAAGAAAGGAGUAAGUUUCAUUUGACUGAGAUAGUCAGAGAAAGGAGAUGUGAAGUCCUUGACUGGCGACAAACCACCUCAAUUAUUACUCAACCUCAAGUUUAUGGAAGAGAUGAAGAUAAGAGUAAAAUUGUAGACUUUUUGGUUGAUGAUGCUUCUAGUUUUGAGGAUUUAUCAGUUUAUCCAAUUGUCGGUUUAGGUGGACUUGGGAAAACAACACUUGCCCAAAUUGUGUUCAAUCAUGAGAAGGUAGUCAACUACUUUGAGCUAAGAAUUUGGGUAUGCGUUUCAGAAGAUUUCAGUUUGAAGAGAAUGACAAAAGCCAUCAUAGAAUCUACAUCUGGUCAUGCUUGUGAGGAUUUAGAGCUAGAGCCGCUGCAAAGAAAACUUUUAAAUUUGCUGCAAAGAAAAAGAUAUUUGCUGGUGUUGGAUGAUGUGUGGGACGACGACCAAGAGAAUUGGCAGAGAUUGAGAUUUGUAUUGGCUUGUGGAGGCAAGGGUGCUUCGAUUUUAGUAACCACUCGUCUUUCAAAGGUUGCAGCAAUCAUGGGAACAAUGCCCUUUCAUGAUAUAUCAAUGCUAUCUGAGACUGAUUGUUGGGAAUUGUUUAAACAACGAGCAUUUGGACCAACUGAGGCUGAACGGUCAGAUCUUGCAGUCAUAGGGAAAGAGAUAGUAAAAAAGUGUAGGGGAGUCCCUCUCGCAGCAAAAGCACUGGGAAGUUUAUUGCGGUUUAAACGAGAAGAAAAGGAAUGGCGCUAUGUCAAGGAAAGUAAGCUAUGGAAUUUACAAGGUGAGAAUUCUGUCAUGCCUGCGUUGAGAUUAAGUUACUUGAAUUUGCCGGUAAAAUUGAGACAAUGUUUUGCCUUUUGUGCACUAUUUCCCAAGGAUGAAAUUAUAAGCAAACAGUUUGUAAUUGAGCUUUGGAUGGCUAAUGGAUUUAUUCCAUCCAAUGGAAUGUUGGAAGCAGAAGAUAUUGGUAAUGAAGCAUGGAAUGAAUUAUAUUGUAGAUCAUUUUUUCAAGAUACUCAGACAGAUGAUUUUGGACAAAUUGUAUAUUUCACGAUGCAUGAUCUUGUUCAUGAUCUUGCUCAAUCUAUCACAGAAGAGGUCUGUCACAUUACAAAUGAUAGUGGCAUACCUAGUAUGUCUGAAAAAAUCCGCCAUCUCUCAAUUUGUAGGAGGGACUUUUUUCGGAAUGUUUGCUCAAUCAGGUUACAUAAUGUUGAAUCGUUAAAGACAUGUAUAAAUUAUGAUGACCAACUUUCACCCCAUGUAUUGAGAUGUUAUUCUUUACGAGUGCUUGACUUCGAAAGAAAAGAAAAGUUGUCGUCUUCAAUUGGUCGUUUAAAAUAUCUAAGGUACUUGAAUCUUUCUUGGGGAAAUUUCAAAACUCUUCCAGAAUCCUUAUGUACGUUGUGGAAUUUGCAGAUUUUAAAGCUAGACUAUUGUCAAAAUCUCCAAAAGUUGCCUAAUAGUCUGGUACACUUGAAAGCUCUACAACGUCUAUAUUUGAGAGGCUGCAUUUCACUAUCAAGCUUGCCCCAACAUGUAAGGAUGUUGGCAUCCUUGAAAACUUUAACACAAUACGUAGUUGGCAAGAAAAAAGGGUUUCUUUUAGCAGAAUUAGGACAGAUGAACCUUCAAGGAGACCUUCACAUUGAGAACUUGGAGAGAGUUAAAAGUGUAAUGGAUGCCGCAGAAGCUAAUAUGUCAAGCAAGUACGUGGACAAGUUGGAAUUGUCAUGGGAUAGAAAUGAAGAAUCACAAUUACAGGAAAAUGUUGAGGAGAUUCUUGAAGUGCUUCAACCUCAAACUCAGCAACUUCGAAGUCUGGGUGUUAGAGGAUAUACCGGUUCCUUUUUCCCAGAAUGGAUGUCUAGUCCUACUCUGAAAUAUUUAACUAGUUUACAACUUGUGCAUUGCAAAAGUUGUUUACACCUUCCGCAUUUGGGGAAACUACCAUCCCUAAAGAGUCUAACAGUAUCUAACAUGAGUCAUGUAAAAUACUUAGACGAGGAGUCAUGCAAUGAUGGAAUUGCAGGAGGUUUUAUAUGUCUUGAAAAACUGGUUCUAGUGAAGCUGCCAAACCUGAUAAUUUUAUCAAGGGAUGAUAGAGAAAACAUGCUCCCACACCUUUCUCAAUUUCAAAUUGCUGAAUGUCCUAAAUUGUUGGGCUUGCCUUUCCUUCCAUCUCUCAUUGAUAUGCGUAUAAGCGGAAAAUGCAACACGGGUUUACUAAGUUCAAUUCAAAAACACGUUAAUCUUGAAUCCCUUAUGUUCAGUGGCAAUGAAGCACUAACUUGCUUUCCAGAUGGGAUGCUAAGAAACCUCAAUUCCCUAAAAAAAAUUGAAAUUUAUAGUCUUUCCACACUUGAAAGCUUCCCAACUGAAAUCAUUAACCUUAGUGCUGUCCAAGAAAUACGUAUUACUGAAUGUGAAAAUCUCAAGUCAUUGACAGAUGAAGUAUUACAAGGGCUGCACUCUCUUAAGAGAUUGAGUAUUGUGAAGUACCAAAAGUUCAACCAAUCUGAAAGUUUUCAAUACCUCACUUGUCUUGAGGAAUUGGUGAUCCAAAGUUGUUCAGAAAUAGAAGUUUUGCAUGAGAGUUUACAACAUAUGACUUCCCUUCAAUCGCUGACAUUGUGUGAUCUUCCAAAUCUUGCAUCCAUACCUGACUGGUUAGGAAACCUAAGUUUGCUUCAAGAAUUAAAUAUUUCUCAGUGUCCAAAGCUGACGUGCCUUCCCAUGAGCAUUCAAUGCCUUACUGCUCUGAAACAUUUGAGUAUUUACAGUUGCAAUAAGUUAGAGAAACGGUGUAAAGAGAAAACAGGUGAGGAUUGGCCAAAAAUAGCUCACAUUCAAUGCAUUGUAGUAAAAAACAUCAGAAUGUUCUACGGAUAAAGAGGAGGAAUUUACUCUGCAGAUUGGUUUUAGAGCACUCAAAUGCAACUUCAUAUGUGUAUGCAUAUAUUAUGCUUUCCACUCACGGGAGAAACCGUUCUCCCACUGUAUGGGUCCCAUAUGCAUAGGAGAUUUCUUGGUGCCAUUUGGAAGUAAUAGCAGGAGCAGUAAACCCCGUUUUGAAGCAUUGUAAUUUUGGGUUUGGUAGGUGUCAUUUAGAUUUGUCGGUGCUAUCUUUGUUCAACCCUAGUAAAAGGAAAAGAACAUGUCAAAGCCAUAGGCAUACAAGAGGAUUUAAUGUAUGCUUUCAAAAAUGUUCUGUCAUGGAAGAAUCUUCAGCCUUGCUUUCUCUGUUGGAAUUGGUGAUAUUCUCUUUGGUUACUACAUUGAGUUUAUGCACAACAUUUAUAAAAGUGAUCUUAUUCAUGACUCAACCAACUAUGAUAUUAAUUGAGGAUCUAUUGGGACAGGAAUUCAGAUGCAAACUACAUGAAUGGAAAGUUUCUGCACGAAGGAAGCGUUGAUGCAUGGAUCCAAAUUCUCUGAACUGUUGGCAUAAAUUUUGUACAAAAGGAAGCUUACUUCCAUGACAAGUUAUCGAGUAAACUUUUUGUUAGUUAGUUAUCUGUAGUUAGCAAUUCGUUUCAUUAGUUAGUGGCUGUAUAAGUUUGUAAUCUAACUAGCUAAUUUUCAAUCAGAGAAUUCUCAAUUUUCUCUCUCAGA